AUGCCGAACAUAAAACUUCAGUCCUCUGAUACUGAAAUAUUUGAUGUUGAUGUUGAGAUAGCCAAAUGCUCAGUUACGAUAAAAACUAUGUUAGAAGAUUUGGGCAUGGACGACGACGAAGAAGAAAUAGUGCCUCUUCCGAACGUCAACUCCGCUAUUCUAAAAAAGGUUAUUCAAUGGGCCACUUAUCAUAAAGAUGAUCCUCCUCUACCUGAAGAUGAUGAGAAUAAAGAAAAGAGAACUGACGAUAUAUCGUCAUGGGAUGCAGAUUUCUUGAAAGUUGAUCAGGGUACAUUGUUUGAGUUAAUUUUAGCUGCCAACUAUUUAGACAUAAAGGGAUUAUUGGAUGUAACAUGCAAGACGGUAGCCAACAUGAUUAAAGGCAAAACACCUGAGGAGAUCCGUAAAACAUUUAACAUUAAGAAUGACUUUACUGCUGCUGAGGAAGAACAAGUCCGUAAAGAAAAUGAAUGGUGUGAAGAGAAGUAA